AUGGUCAACAUCAAGGGAAAGAUUGAAGCCGUCAAAAACGAAAUCGUGACGGACACCAGCACCAGCCGUGCCCGUGACUUUAUUGUCUCAGGGGCUCCUAAAUUGCCCUCUGCAGCAGGAGUUUAUCUUCUCGAGAAGGUGCCUAUCGUACAGUGGCUGCCGAAAUACUCACCAAAAUGGCUCAUCACGGAUUUCAUCGCCGGUCUGACGGUAGGAGUCAUGCUCAUCCCGCAGUCCCUAGCGUACGCCAAAAUUGCCACUAUUCCCAUCGCGAACGGUCUGUACUCAAGUUGGUUGCCAGCCGCGUUUGCAGUAGUCAUGGGAACUUCGAAAGAUCUCUCAACCGGUCCCACUUCCAUUCUAGGUCUCCUGACGGCCGAAAUCGUGCAUGAUUUGAGCGCAGAGGGUUUCGACAUCACCAAGAUAGCAACAUCCGUUUCCCUCAUGGUGGGAGUCUAUUCACUCAUUAUUGGUCUCUUCGGUUUCGGCUUCCUAUUGGACUAUGUUUCCUACCCAGUCCUCACAGGCUUCAUCUCAGCCGCGGCUCUGGUCAUUGCUUUCGGCCAAGUUGGCUCCCUUGUCGGCCUGUCUAAUGUGCCAUCCGGUGUUUUCAACGUCAUUGGCGACGUCCUCAAACGACUUCCACACUGGGACGGCCCGACCUGCGGCAUUGGGCUUGGAACUCUCAUAAUUCUCAUCGGUCUCGAGAAGGUCGGCAAGAAAUGGGGCAAGCGCCAUUUCGCUAUCAAACUUCUGGCCAACUCCCGAGCCGUCAUUGUUCUCGUCAUCUUCACCCUCAUCAGCUACCUCGUCAACCGCGGCCGAGACAAGGCUGACUACGCUUGGAAAGUCAGUCAAGUCAGCACCCACGGUAUCACGAAACCCCUGAUUCCGGAGUCGAACCUCGUCAAGAAAGUUGCGACUAGAGCCAUUGCCCCACUCGUCGCCAGUACACUUGAACACUUGGCCGUCGGCAAGGCUUUUGGAAAGAAGAACAACUACCAGAUUGACCAGAGCCAGGAGCUGAAUUAUCUCGGUGUUGUCAACAUCGUCAACAGUUUCUUCAGCACAAUGCCAGUCGGCGGUGCCAUGUCCCGCACAGCUGUUGCUUCUGAGUGUGGCGUCAAGAGCCCUCUCACCGGAUUAUUUACAGCUGGCUUCAUCAUUUUGACACUUUACGUUCUUUCACCAGCAUUGUACUGGCUUCCUUCCUCGACCCUAUCUGCUAUUAUUAUUAUGGCGGUUGUUCACCUCUUCGGCCCUUUGUCACUCUUCUACCGCUUCUGGCGUAUCUCUUUUGCCGACUUUGUCGCCUCAAUGGUUUCCUUCUGGGUCACCAUCUUUGUCAGUGCUGAAAUCGGUAUUGGCGCCGCGGUUGGCUGGUCCAUCGCCUGGACGAUGCUGCGCUCAACUUUUGUCAAGCCCGUCAUCCACUCCAGCUCCAACAAUGCGACACAUACCAUCCCGCAACCCAUUACUCGCAUUGUCAGCACUGGUGGAGGGCCCGGCGUCGGCACUGAGAACCGCACCGAGAACGCGGGUAUCUCCAUCCCAGCUGAUACCAUCGUUGUCGACUUCAACGAUGCCAUCUUCUUCCCCAACGCCGAGCGCGCCAAGAACGCGACGCUUACAGCCAUCAAGCUGGUCUAUCCCCGCGUCGAAAGUAGUCUCAGCCAAGAUGACCGCGACCGCCACUGGAGUGUUGCUGCAGAGAAGCGGCUGGAGAGGCUGCGUGCGAAGAAUGAUAUCCGGCUCAAGGAGACGCCCCUUGCUGUCGUGGUUUGGGAUUUCACCAUGGUGCCGUUUAUCGACACCUCGGGUAUUCUGACGCUGAAGGGAUUGAAAGAUGAGAUUUGGACUCAUGCGGGCAAGAAUGUACAGAUUAGAAUGGUUGGCAUGUCAGACAAGGUGCGAAACCGCUUCUGGAGGGCGAAAUGGAAGCUUGUUGAUUUGGAAGAGUGGCGGGAUGACGAUGCUGACCUGGUAUACCCUUCCAUGGAGACUGCCAUCUGGGAUCGCGAGGGAGACUCAGGGGCUGAUGUUUCGAGUGAGAAGAAGGGAUGA